AUGACUACCCUCAAUGUUUAGAUUAACCUGAAUCAGUUCCAACUGAUAUUACAGAAGGAGGAAGAAAAGAAACAAUAGCAAUAUUCUUUGUAAAGGAAAGAAUAUCCGAAAGGGCCAAUCAAUCUAUAUGAAUCAAGAUUUGAGAAAGUUUCGUUGUCAAACCAAAAGAUCAACGAAGUGAUAGGCUGGAUGUUGAUAAUAGCUGUAAUUUUGAUGAUACUUGUAUUGCCAAUCUCCAUAAUAUAAAAUUCUAUUAUUGGAUUCGCAAUUCCACUACUGUCAGUUACAACAUUCUUCAUCGUAUACAUAAAUUGGAUUUCGAUGAAGUUUUUUAUAAAUUCUUGA